AUGAUCCCUGUAUCUAAAAUCACCUCCGAUCAUGACGACGCCACCCUCGUCGACGAUGCCCGCGCCGCGACCGAGGGCGAGAAGAACAUGACCCUCGCUCAAGGCAUCCGCAUCUACCCGAAGGCCAUCCUCUGGAGCAUCCUCAUCUCGACAUGCAUCGCGAUGGAGGGCUACGACCUCUGUCUUCUCGGCAACUUCUAUGCCUUCCCGCAGUUCAACCGCAAGUUCGGUCACAAACUUGCCGACGGGAGCUAUCAAGUGUCGGCCGCCUGGCAAGCCGGACUCAGCAAUGGCGCCAACUGCGGCGAGAUCAUCGGUCUCUUCAUCAACGGCAUUGUUUCCGAACGCUUCGGAUACAAGCGCACAGUACUGUGUUGUCUGGUACUCAUGGCCGCUCUGAUUGCGAUCCCCGUCACUGCAGAAUCACCCAACGCGCUCCUCGCGUACUACCUCCUCGCCGGCAUCCCUUGGGGGAUCUGGCAGACCCUCACCAUUUCCUACGCAUCGGAAGUGUGCCCUCUAGCGCUCCGGGGCUACCUCACUACCUACGUCAAUUUCUGCUGGGGACUCGGCCAGGUCAUCGGUGUAGGUGUCGUCAAGUCUCAGCUCGGACGUGACUCCGAUUGGGCAUUCAGGUUGCCGUGGGCGCUCCAGUGGAUGUGGAUCGCCCCGCUCUUCAUCGGCGUUGCGUUCGCGCCCGAGUCCCCGUGGUUGCUCGUCCGUAAAGGCAAGAUGGAGGAAGCGAAGCGCAACCUGCUCCGCUUGACCUCACCCGACCGCGUGGCGGACUUUGACGCGGACAAGACGCUCGCCAUGAUGCAGCACACCACCGCCAUCGAGCGGGAAAUUACCAAGGGAGCGAGCUACUGGGACUGCUUCACUGGCAUUAACCUGCGCCGGACAGAGAUCGUCUGCAUGGUCUGGGCGAUCCAGAACCUGUCAGGCAACUCGUUCACCGGAUACUCGACCUACUUCUUCCAGCAAGCUGGCCUGCCAACCUCGUCCGCAUACGACUUUGCGAUGGGCCAGUACGGUAUCAACAUGAUCGGCGUCUUCGGGGCUUGGUUCCUGAUGUCGAGGGGCAUCGGCCGUCGCACUCUGUACCUGUAUGGUCUUUGCGGCCUGUUUGUUAUGCUCAUCACCAUUGGAUGCCUCGCCUUCGUGCCGGACAAGCAUGCCACCGCUGCCGCUUUCGCGACGGGCGGGCUUAUGCUCGGUUGGGCUACGUUCUACCAGUUGACCGUUGGGACUGUGUGCUACUCCCUCGUCGGAGAGAUACCCAGCCGAAGGCUGCUAAUCAAGACCGUGGCGCUGGGCCGAAACGCAUACAAUGUUGUCGGCAUCGUCUGCUCUGUCCUCACGCCUUAUAUGGUCAACCCGUCUGCAUGGGACUGGAAGAAGCUCACCGCCUUCUUCUGGGGUGGAAUCUGCUUCCUCUGCAUCAUCUAUACCUACUUCCGCGUGCCCGAACCCGCCGGCCGCUCGUUCGCAGAGCUCGAUCUUCUCUUCGAGAAGGGCGUUAGCGCCCGCGAGUUUGCGAAAGCCAACAUCGACGUCUUCCGGAGCGAAGAGAGCAAGAACGCCGCGGCAGCGGUGGAGAAGGACAUGCGGGUGGACGACGGCGAGGUCAAGGUAUAG